CUGCACCUGUUGAGGCAUACCUGCUGUCGCCGGCACCUGUACCCAUAGCCAAUCAGCACCAGCGCUGCCGGGAACCUACCUGUCAGCAAAAUCCCGACACUCAAACCUCAACAUAAAUCAAACACUUCCCUGGGCAGGGAAUGUCUGUGUCAGGCAAGAAUUAGAGACAAGCGGUCAGCAGAGCCUCAGUGCUGGUGCCCGUCUUCAUCUUUGAGCUUGGGAGCCUGGGAGCAAGACGAUGUCGAAUGAACUUGAUUUCAGGUCCGUACGACUGCUAAAGAAUGACCCAGUCAACUUCCAGAAGUUCCCCUACACUAGUGAGGACGAGGCCUGGAAGACCUACCUGGAAAACCCCUUGACGGCCGCCACGAAGGCCAUGAUGAGGGUCAAUGGCGACGACGACAGUGUGGCGGCCUUGAGCUUCCUCUACGACUACUACAUGGGCCCCAAGGAGAAGCGGAUACUGUCCUCCAGCACUGGGGGCCGGAAUGACCAAGGAAAGAGGUACUACCAUGGCACGGACUAUGAGAUGGACCUCGCUCCCCUUGAAAGUCCCACACAUCUCAUGAAAUUCCUGACCGAGAAUGUGUCUGGAGCCCCAGAGUACCCAGAUGUGCUCAAGAAGAAUAACCUGAUGAGCUUGGAGGGGGCCGUGCCCACUCCGGGCAAGGCGGCUCCCCUCCCCGCAGGCCCUGGCAAGCUGGAAGCUGGCUCUGUGGACAGCUACCUGCUGCCCACCAGUGAUGUGUAUGAUAACAGCUCCCUCAACUCCUUGUUUGAGAGCAUUCAUGGGGUGCCACCCACACAGCGCUGGCAGCCUGACAGCACCUUCAAAGAUGACCCACAGGAGUCACUGCUCUUCCCAGAUAUCCUGAAAACGUCCCCAGAACCCCCGUGUCCAGAAGACUAUCCCAGCCCCAAGAGUGACUUUGAGUACACCCUGGGCUCCCCCAAAGCCAUCCACAUCAAGUCAGGGGAGUCGCCUAUGGCCUACCUCAACAAAGGCCAGUUCUAUCCCAUCACCCUGCGGACCCCAGCAGGCAGCAAAGGCCUUGCCUUGUCCUCCAACAAAGUCAAGAGUGUGGUGAUGGUGGUCUUUGACAAUGAGAAAGUCCCGGUGGAGCAGCUACGCUUCUGGAAGCACUGGCAUUCCCGGCAACCCACUGCCAAGCAGCGUGUCAUCGAUGUGGCCGACUGCAAAGAAAACUUCAACACCGUGCAGCACAUCGAGGAGGUGGCCUAUAAUGCAUUGUCCUUCGUGUGGAAUGUCAACGAGGAGGCCAAGGUGUUCAUCGGUGUCAACUGCCUCAGCACAGACUUCUCCUCGCAGAAAGGGGUGAAGGGCGUCCCCCUGAACCUGCAGAUCGACACCUACGACUGUGGCUCGGGCGCUGAGCGCCUGGUGCACCGCGCCGUCUGCCAGAUCAAGAUCUUCUGUGACAAGGGAGCAGAAAGGAAGAUGCGGGAUGAUGAACGAAAGCAGUUCCGGAGGAAGGUCAAGUGCCCCGACUCCAGCAACAGCGCAGGUAUGAAGGGCUGCCUGCUGUCUGGCUUCAGGGGCAAUGAGACCACCUACUUGCGGCCUGAGGCUGACCUGGAGACCCCACCGGUGCUGUUCAUCCCUAAUGUGCACUUCUCCAGCCUGCAGCGUCCCGGAGGGGCAGUGCCCUCGGCAGGUCAGAGCAGCUCCAACAGGCUGCCUCUGAAGCGCUCCUGCUCACCCUUCGCUGAGGAGUUUGAGUCUCUGCCCUCCAAAAAAGCCAAGGAAGACGAUCUUCAGAGAGUUCUGUUGUAUGUGCGGAGGGAGACCGAGGAGGUGUUUGACGCCCUCAUGUUGAAGACGCCAGACCUGAAGGGGCUGAGGAAUGCGAUCUCUGAGAAGUAUGGGUUCCCUGAAGAGAACAUUUACAAAGUCUACAAGAAAUGUAAGCGGGGAAUCUUGGUCAACAUGGACAACAACAUCAUCCAGCACUACAGCAACCACGUCGCCUUCCUGCUGGACAUGGGGGAGCUCGAUGGCAAGAUUCAGAUCAUCCUGAAGGAGCUGUGAGGCCCAGGCAUCCACACCCUCAGGCCCCGUGGGGUGGCUCCAGGCAAGGAGGCCCCUGGGGAGUGGCCCAUGCCGCACACAACCUCUCCUCAUGCCCCAGUGCUGUUACUUGAAUGCCCUCCCUGAGAAAAACACAUCACAGACCCACAGAUGUCAAGGUCAGGAAGGGACCCAGGAGGUAUCCUGACCUGAAGCCCAUCUCAUGCUUGAAUCUACCCUGGACUUCCUGCCAGCCCCCGCCCAGCCAGAAAGAGUGUCGUCCUGCUUAACGUUCCCAUAGCCUGUCUCCUUCUCGGAAGACCCUGCUUUCAGUCCAUCUCCUGGUUGGCCGUUCAGAUGGUGCCAGUGGACCCUCUUUCCCAAAGCUGACUCGACUCCUGUCCGGCCUGCGUUCUUGGUUCUUCCAUCAACUUCAGACUGAGGAUCCCUUACCCUUUGGUCAAUUAACUUGAAAACUCUUUUGAUUUUCAAUGCAAACAACUUUUAAAUGUUACCAUGGUGGAAACA